AUGGACCUGUUCGCGGACGUGGGAGAGAAGCCGGAAGAUACCCUUUCCAUCAACCAAUCUUAUGCCGAGAGGUAUCAGCACAACAAAAGACGUGUGCAUUUAGAACAGCUCAAAGAAAAAUACGGAAAUGGCCCCGUGGAGGAAGACGACGAUGAUGAUGAUUCAGACUCAGAAGACGUAACGGAAGAUGAAGAUGGCGAACAACUCACCCCGCAAAUGGAUGCUGCCAUUUUACGGACACUACAGCGUAUUAGAGCAAAAGAUUCGGAUUUGUAUGAUGCAAACAAUCGUGUGUUUGAUUCAGAACAGGCAGCAUUGGCUCACCAUGCAUUUCCGACGGCCCAGCGAGACAGUAGCGGUAAGAAAGUUACACUACGCGACUAUCAACGCAGCCGUAUUGAAGAAGCUAUAAAAACGUCAUCAGACCCUGCUAAAGCAAUUGCAGAUGCUACAACAUACCGCCCAGAAACGAAUGAUACUGCGCUUCCAACACAUGACGCUGAACAAGAAGCUAUUCGCUCAGAAUUUCUAAAUGCUGCUCAAGACUCCGAUGAGGAAGAUGACCUAUUUCAAGUCAAAAGGGUCAGUGGAGACGAUUCGAGUACGGAUUAUCGCACUGCUAUUUUGGGUGCAUUGGAUGCUAAAGAAGGCGAGGAUCAAGUCCGUAACCUCCUCAGGGAUCAUACAGAUGAUAAGUCGAGGUCAAAGGAAAAUGAAGACUUUUUGAUGAACUACAUUUUAAACCGUGGCUGGGUAGAUAAGGAUGCGGCUCCCUCGGCGCCUGAACCUCCCCGUGACUGGGAUGCGGAAGCUGCGGAGCUUGAAAGUGAAGCAUCCUUUGAUUCAGCGGCAGACGCAUUCGAACAUGCCUACAACUUCCGCUUUGAAGACCCAACUUUAGCGCAAAAGAACUUUGCUAUUGAGAGUUUCCCUCGACAUACGGAAGACACGAUUCGUCGAAAGGACGACCGUCGAAAGAAGGCGCGACAAGAACGUGCAGCGCGCAAGAAGGAAGAAAAAGAAGAGAAAAUGCGAGAACUUGAUCAACUUAAGACUCUGAAGCGCCAGGAAAUCGCAGAGAAACUGAAGAAAUUACGUUUAGUUUCAGGUGGUGAUAAUCAGAUGGAUGGCAAAGCAUUCGAAGGAAUCGAUUUUGAAGCUGACUUUGACCCUGAUGAGCAUGACCGUAUUAUGCAACAGCAGUUUGACGAUGCCUAUUAUGCUGAAGAGGAUGACGCUGUAAAACCACAUUGGGAUGAUAACAUUGAGAUUGAUGACAUCAUUGCAACGGAGACUAAGCCAGACAAGAAGAAAAAGAAGAAGGCACAAGCAUCCAGCGAGUUUGAUAUGGAUGCCGAUUUUGUGGAAGGCCAGGACGUCAAACUAUCAAAGAAAGAGAAGAAGGCAUUAAAGAAGAAGGAAAAGAAAGCAAAAAAGAAGGCUGAACAGGCUAAUGAUGAAGAGGAUGACAUUGAGAUGGAUGCCGAUAAAGUGGAAGCGAAGAUGAGCAACUCGGAUAGGAAGAAACGCGCGCGUGAGCUCAUGGAUGAGUAUUAUAAUCUUGGCUAUGAAGAUAUGAUUGGAGAUACUCCAACUCGCUUCAAGUAUGCGUCUGUCCCUAAAGAAACCUAUGGCAUGAGUGCCGUUGAAAUCCUACUUGCCGACGACGCUGAUCUCAACAACGUGCACAAAGCCAAGUAA